AUGGUGGUCAAGAAUCAGAAAGUCAACACUUUGAUCUUCAUAUUCAUCACAUCUAACUUCUUGUUUGCAGCUCAAUCGAACUCAUGGAUUGGUUCCAAAUACCAAAUCGAAUGUACAAUGUGUGCUGCCUGUGAUAAUCCAUGCAGCCCACCCACCUUCUCUCCACCACCACCGCCACCACCGUCGCCUUCCCCACCACCACCGUCCAUUCCCAAACCCUCUCCACCGACAUCAAUCGACUGUCCUCCACCGCCUGCUUCCCCUAGUUCCGGUGGAAGUGGUGGUGGAAGUGGCUACUACUACCCACCUCCACCAAACUCCGAUCAGGGUCCUUACUACACCUACCCACCACCGUACAGUAAUUACCCGACACCAGGACCACCCAACCCAAUUAUGCCAUACUUCCCUUACUACUAUUACAGCCCUCCACCACCUGGACCUUCCGCCGCCGUCUCACUUCCCGGUGCCACCACCCUGUUCUUACUCAGCUUCAUUUUACUCUUCUUCUUUUAG